GGGAAAAGAGCCCUGGCUUGCCUCUAACGCUGACGAAAGCAGCUUAGCCCUCCCAGUUACCAUAGAGACCGUCAUGAGCAGCUGCCAGAGAAAGAGAGAGCAAAAGAAAAGAACACCAACAGGCGAAAGCAUUAGGCAGAACACCGGAGAGAGAGAGAGAGAGAGAGAGAGAGAGAAUAAGAGAGUCAGAGCGACGGAGUAAACGACAAUAAAGGGAGUUCAAGAGAAUAUUGAAGCAGCCAUAAUGGAUAUACAGAUCAGUUGCAGUGAUCCACCUCCGUGCGACACCCAGCCAUCCGGAAAGAUCAACAAAGCUGCCUUCAAACUGUUUGGCAAGCGCAGGUCCGGCAGCGGUGUGCAGAGCAUCUUCUCCAUCAGGAACAAAGGGGAUGCAACUGACAAGGAGCUUGUUAGAAGCAAAACCCACCAUGGUUUAACGACAACAGAUGAGCUUUCUGAGUUGGAAGGCCACAGGAAGGAAGAGUCAGUCAGCAGCGAUCAUCUGAACAGUGCUGCCGCUGCUCCGGCGUGUAGUGCCAUCACUAAGUCUUUCAGCUUCUUCUCCUUGCUGCGGCGCAAUAACUCUCGCAUUGGUGACAGGACGACUACACCGGGGCAGAGAGGACGUGGGCUCAAGGGGUUGUUCAACAGCAUACGAUGGCGCCGUAAACCUCCAUCACACGAUGAUUCGAUUGAAAUCCAGGACAUUCUUAAAGAAACAAAAGGAGUCGAUUUGAUCUUGUCCUGCAGCUCCAAAAAUGCGGACGUAGAAAAUGUGACGCUUACGCUGGAGCCCCCGAUACAAAUCUUACAGGACAACGCUGUGACCUGGGAGAAACCCUGUCUGCAGGAUAGUAAUGAGGAACACGUGACAAGCUCUUGUGUUCUGGUGCAACCAGUUGCUGAGGAGUCUCCAGCUCCAUCUCCAUCUCCAGUCACUGUUCAAACACAGGAACCUCUCACAGCCAAACAUAGCAGUCCUGCCCAUCUUGCUUCCAUGACACCACCGCAGGAUUACAGCUCAGUUGACCCGCCCUCUGAGGAUCGCCUGAACUCCAUGUUCAAUGAUGUCACUUCACUCAAAAGCUUUGAUUCAUUAACAGGUUGCGGAGACAUCAUUGCUGACCCAGAAGAGGACUCUGGGAAUGGAGGCAGUGUCACCAGCAGUGGAACAGGAAGCAGCAACGGGGUGCUCCAGGUAAGCGCUGAGAGAUGUUCCCCAGCUAAACCUCCUUUGCCUCCGCAAGUGACCGGUCUAAUAUCAAUGUCUGUGUACACUCCGUCCCGUCAUCGGAUCUGUCCACCGACUAAAACUCCACAAGGCAGUGGGAUAGUGGCCUACAUGGGUGGUGGAGAGGAAAUGGCCAGUCCUGAAGGUGUGGAUGAUGCAGAUAUGCAAGGACUUUGGCACAUGCUCCCUCAGAAAGGGGAAGAUUCCCCAGCUCUACCUCACCUACCAACUCGGCAGGACAAAAGACUUCCUCAGUUAAAAAGUCUGGGGCUUAGUAAGAUACCUGUGGGGGGAAGUAGCAGAGUAGGCAAGCAGCAACAGCAGCAGCUGACUCGCCCUUCUCCUCCACCCAUUGUUAAAGAUCUCCAGGACGUCCCACCCAGUGACGAGGGCUACUGGGACUCUCCGACACCCGGACCAGAGGAUGAAGACAGUGUGUUCCUGCAGAGAGAUGGCCUACCGAGGGAUAGCUGCUCAGGUGACGCGCUUUAUGAUCUCUACGACCUCGACAGUCCCGGGACUGUGGGCUCAGAUGACGACGACACAAUUUCACCUACACCUUCUACAGGAGACCUGAAAAUGACCCCACCAUCUAAAAAACCUUCUUGUUCUUCCUUCCGUUCCAUCAAGGGUAGCACAAGUCUUCCACGAGAGUCCAAGAUUCCCAUCAGUGUGAGGCAAAAGCCACCUUCUCACUCGUCCAGCCAAGGGGCGCUGUCCUCUCCGGUCAGCCCGACAUCACACAGUCCUACCGACACUUCCUCAAAGACUAACACACCGCCUCGCACUCGUAUUCCCGUCUCCAAGGUCCCCGUCCGAUCCUCAGGCAACAAGAACGCAAAGGUAGCACAAAACAGGAAGUAGACCUGAUCAGAAUUGAAUUUUCAAGCCAAAAUGAUUGUAUUUUGAUACAACUCAGAAUCCCCACAGUCCACAAGGACGACGCACCUUGACUUUUUUUCUGCACUGAUGUAUUGUAACAUGUCACAUAUUCCAAAUAACAUAAUUAGUGUGUAUGUAGGAAGGAAAUGUAAAACCAUCACACAACUUCACUACCUAACUCCUGCAAAAAAGCGAUGAAUUUAGGAAUGUUUUGUAAAAAAAAAACAAAAACCUUUCAUCUGUCUCACUGGAGAUAAUCAUCCAAUCUUCCUUCCUGAACCAGCAAGAACUGAGAGUCUUGAGAGCGAAGAGACUUUGGCUCUACUUCACAAAAAAUAAGUAAAUAAAUAAAACCCUUUGUGGAAACACAGCUGCAAACACCUCCACAUCUCUCUGGGAAUUACAAUAAAAUAGCCAGAAAAAGCACUUCAGAUCCCCGGAAACCAAACUCAAACUCGAUCAGGAUCAGGGAACGCAAUCUUCAUUUGAGAUGCUCCUUUUUUUUAAAAGCAACACUUCCUAAAAACACCUUUUUUUAUACGUCGUGUUCUUCCUGACGUCUUUCGUACUCUUUUUCUAUAAGAAACGCUUCACUGUGGACGUUAAUUAUUCUGGGAUUUUAAAAGACUUGCAAAAAAAAAAAAAAGAAGAAAGUAGGACGUGUUAAAAGCGGAAAGGGUCCCGAGUGACGCCACCACGCUAACGCCGGCUUUCGCGUCACGUUCGUUUAGAUUACCGUGCUGGAGCUCUAAAUGUAGCGCGGCAUCGCAAACACGUCCCAACGCUCACGUGCUCGUGAAGGAAAGAAGGAGAACGCCUGAGGGGUCAAAGGUCAAGCGUCUUUCCGUCCUCAGGGACACCACUGUCUCUCUUCAUUCUAGUUUUUUUAAGACAUUUUAAGACAGACAUUAGCACAAUAAUUUUGCCGUCGAUGCUGAAUGUUUUACUACUGUUGUUUUAAAUCACUGCUGAGAAUCUCGUUCAUUUUAGUUGUGACUUCUUUCCUCUUAUUGUUUUCUUUUUUCUUCUUUUUCUUACUAUGUCACUAAUUUAUGA